UGUAUGAAAUUAAAUUGACAGUGUGAGAAAAUAAACUUCGAGGGUGUUUCGCUCCCGCAAUCCUGCCCGAUUUUGGCCAGAAUUUGCGUCAAUCCUGCUUAAAUUGUGGUGUAGUGUCCACACAAGAUGGACUACAGCAAGAUUAGCAUUGAAUCCAUGUUUAAUUUGAGUGUAGAUUACCAGAAAACAAGCGCAAUGAUGUAUGGUGGCAACACCUCGUCGAUGGAGAGUGAGGGGCACCUACAGAUUGUUGAGGUACCUGAGGAUGCACUGCCAAAGCCAACAUUUCAGUGCCAGACCUGCUUCAAGGUGCUCAAGAGUAUGUCAACGUACAGGAAUCACAUGAAGCUACACACCAAUGUUCCUCCGGAGGAGCAGCCAAAGCAGUGGCACAUUUGCAAUUACUGCAACAAAGUCUUUGAGAAUCCAAACAUACUGCGACAGCACGUAGCCACCCACACGAGGGAUAGUCAGGCUGUAAAGUGCCACCAUUGCUACAAACCAUACUACGACAAGAAUGCCCUGGAGAGGCAUCUGGCUGAGCAUAAGGAUCUCAAGGAGUACAGGUGUCUCAAUUGCAACAAAACCUUCGCCUCAUUCAACUACCUAAAGCUCCACUACAAGAUGCACGCAGACGAGAAGCCCUACAAGUGUGGCUACUGCGACAAACGAUUCACCUUCUCCAGCAAUCUCACGGUACACACCCGCAUUCACACGGGUCACAAGCCCUACAGAUGCCGUGAAUGCAAUAAGUGCUUCACGCAGAUCAACACGCUCAAGCAACACCUGAAAGUUCACGACAAGGAAGAAAGGUCAGCCAAGGCGACCGCGCAGAGCCCCCAGAGUACAGAUUCCAAGAAUUACCACUUUGAGGGCAAUCUCAUCACGAUGCCCUCGUGAAUGCCUCACAGUCACGUGGAUGAGGCAUUCGUGGGGUUUGCAGGUCGGGAGUUUCAGAGACGUGAGUGUGUUCCUGGCAAUUCAGCAGCAGCAGCAGAAGCAGUGCAGUAGUGAAUUUGAGGAUGUGUAAGUGCCACCAAAAAGAAUCAAUUUUCCAAAAAAAUACAAAAAAAAUGAAUUAUCCAGAGAAGUUUUUCAAGAAGAAAAUCCACAAAUUUCUUCUCUUUCUCUCUUUAUACUACAAACAAAUCUUUCCAUCGAUUUUUUUUCUCCAAAAAAAGACCAAGAAGUAGAUUUUUAGAUUUUUAAUUAAAACAAAAAAAAAAGAAGAAAUAUUAUUCUUAAGGGCUCGAUGAGAUCUUAAAAUAUGUUUUAGGAAUUCAAUAAUUGAAAAAAAAAUUAUUAGUUUUUUAUUUGGAUUAUUCUUCCCAUCCUUUGAAAUGAAAUUAUAUUAAAUAGAAAAAAAAUAAUAAUUGUAAAUCUAUCGCUAUAUUGAUUCACACUUCUUCUAAUAUUUAUGUUUAAUCUUGUUUUUUUGGUACAAAAUAUUAUACCUUUUCUUCAUUAUUUUUUUCUCUUAUCUUUCAUGAGUAUAAAUGUAAAAAAAAUGAACUAUUAAUAAAUAUCUUUAGUUAA